CCGCACUGUAUCCAUCUUCGACCUCAACAGCUGCACGGAGACAAGAUGACCAAGCGCACUAAGAAGGUCGGUAUCACGGGUAAAUAUGGUACCAGAUACGGUGCCUCCCUGCGUAAGCAGGUGAAGAAGAUGGAAGUUACCCAGCACGCACGCUACGUCUGCACCUUCUGCGGUAAGAACACCGUCAAGCGCCAGGCUGUUGGUAUCUGGGAGUGCAAGGGCUGCAAGAAGACCGUCGCCGGUGGUGCCUACACCGUCUCCACCCCCGCCGCCGCUGCCACCCGCUCCACCAUCCGUCGUCUCAGGGAAAUCGCGGAGGUUUAAAUGUCACGAUGGGAUCUCUAUCUUACGUUUGAAAUAUAAAAAUAGCGAAAUUCAAGAUCUGGAAAGCUUCCAAGGGCUCCUCGUUACGAAUACCCACACAUCAUCGGGAUCGAAUGGUGUUUCAACCAAUAGACAAAUAUUUCCCAUGAUCUCAGUUUCUUUCCAAAUAGAGUUGCGUAUCGGCUAUUCUCCAUCUGCCAUAUGAUCUAUCUCCACCGCCUUUUGAUCCGUCUUACGCUUGGGUUUUAUGUCGCUCAUGAGGAUUUCUCGAUCUCUUAACUACGUGUGACUGCGUCUUAACAAGUACAAAGCUGCUGCGAUGUAUAAGUGGAGUAAAUUUGUGCACCCAACCGGACGAGAGCGCGGAAUAGACCAUUCAGUCCUUGAUGGUUUUGUGUCCUUUACUAUGCGUCAUUUCAAUUAUCGACUUUUCUUUUCUGGGUUCAAAGGUAGCUAACCAAUGCUAUGUCCCUGUUGAGAAUAAGGCUUCGAUCACGGUAUAACUUUUAGAACCGAAUUACGGAGUACCUUCUGGUCAA